UUAUCUGGAUUUUUUCUUUUCUGACACGUCAGUGUUUGAUUUAAUUUUUCUAGACAAUACGACAAAACCUACCCAGUAACAUUUUGACUGGUAGGGGUUUUUAAUUACCGGACACACUUUAAAAGAGAGAGAGAGAGAGAGGAAAGCAAAAUUGUAAAUCGCAAUCCGAAAACAACAAACUUGUUUUGUAGCCUAAAAUUUCUUGCAAUUGAAGGUACCUUUUAAUCUUCAGCCCCUUCUCUCUUUGGGUUUCUUCUCCAUCAAAUCGAAAACCCACUUGCCAACUUCCUUUUUGUGUGUUCGUGAGAGGUUUACAAGUAACAAAGUUUGGUUCUUUUUUUUGGCUUCGAUGGGUCCCGAUUCUGUGGCUGCUGUUGAGUCCUCGCCGUCGUCAUCAGCGACUGCGCCGCUUAGUACUGCUGCUGUAGCGGCGACGGCGCUUGCUCCCGGCUUCCGAUUUCACCCGACGGACGAGGAGCUAGUGAGCUAUUACUUGAAGCGAAAGGUUCUGGGUAAACCCGUACGUUUCGAUGCGAUUGGGGAUGCGGAUAUCUACAAGUACGAGCCUUGGGACUUAGCAGUGUUCUCGAGGUUAAAGACAAGGGACCAAGAAUGGUUCUUCUACUGCGCAUUAGACAAGAAGUACGGAAACGGCGCUAGGAUGAACCGAUCCACUAACAUAGGCUACUGGAAAGCAACUGGCAGAGACAGAGAAAUCCGCCGCGACGUUCAGCUUCUCGGUAUGAAAAAGACGCUCGUUUUCCACAGCGGACGUGCCCCAGAUGGGCUCCGCACCAAUUGGGUCAUGCACGAGUAUCGCCUUUUGGACUAUGAAACCGAAAGCAACGGAAACUUGGUGCAAGAUGCAUAUGUGUUGGUCAAAGUGUUCCACAAGAAUAACAUUGGACCGCCAUGUGGGAACAGAUACGCACCGUUCAUGGAAGAGGAAUGGGCUGAUGAUGGUGUAGCUCUGAUUCCAGGAGUAGUCAGGGCAGAGCCGUUACCAUUACCCAAUGGAAACCACCAGAUGGACCAGUCAGAAAGCAAGGAGCUUAUUAACAUCAACGAGCCACCAAGAGAGGUGACUCCAAUGGAUAUAGAAGUUAACCAUCAGAAUCAGCAGCUUGAUAAUGCCCUCAAGCCGCAGGAGAACAACAACAGCAACAACAACCAUUGUGAUGAAGAUGAGAAAGCACUCAAACGCGAGAACGCAGAAGUAGAUGAACGUCCUCCUCCUGCAUGCGCUCCGUCACCUCUCCUCCAAUACAAACGCAGACGCCAAAACGAAUCCAACAGCAAAGACUCAAGCAGGACCACCACACAGGACCACUCUUCUUCCACAGCAACAACCUUAAUCCCAUCGUCUGCCGCUGCUGCCACCAGCACCGCCAUCUCUGCAUUGCUCGAGUUCUCUCUCAUGGACAUCUCCGAGAAGAAAGAAAACACGAUAGCUUCUCCUCCUACUUCACUUCCAUCAAACGAAGAGGAGCUUAACGAUCUCAAGAAGGAGAUUCACGAGAUGUCUGUCGAGAGAGAGACUUUCAAGCUCGAGAUGAUGAGUGCAGAGGCUAUGAUCAGUAUUCUCCAGUCCAGGAUCGAUGCAUUGCGCGAUGAGAACGAUGAGCUGAAGAAGAUGAACAGCGACAAGGGACAAGCAAUGCUCUAAUAACCAUAUCUCUCUAGGUUUCUUCUUCUUCUUCGAAUUUUAGCUUCAGCAGAUGGGAUUGUGAACCAUGUGGAAUGGCUGUUGUAACAUUUUAAGGUUAGAUAACAUUUUCAGGUUGCUCCGUUUUCAUAUAUUAUCUAUCAUCUAAUCUGAUAUUUUCAGUCAA